AUGAGAACAUCGCAAUUUUUUAAUGUGUUACGUUUAAAUAGACGACAGUGGUUGUCAGCUACUUCAAAAAAAUUCACAACAAAGAAACCUGUAGUUACAAAUUUUACAGUAGAUUUUAAUGAUUUAUACAAGGAGGAAAAAGAUCAAAGGGAAGUGCUUUUACUUAAUAAUGACAUGGAUAUUUCUAUUAAGAAGAAAAAUACAAACAAUGAAAAAUUAAAUUCAACUAACCAUUUACCUCCGUCCAUAAGACAAGUGAGACAAUUGAUGGAUAAAUAUAAAGAUAAUGUUGUAUUGACCCAAAUGGGUUCCUUCUAUGAGUUAUAUUUCGAGCAUGCAACUCAAUAUGCCCCUAAGUUGAAUAUAACAUUGACCAGUAAGUCAUUUGCGUCAGGAAAAGUUCCAUUUGCUGGAUUUCCUGUACAUCAGUUGAAUAGACACCUAAAAGUACUUGUAAAUCAAUACGGCUAUAGUGUUACUAUUGUGGAUCAAUUCAAAAAAGAUCUUGAUGUUAAUAGCAAUCCAACUAAGUUUACAAGACGUGUAACUAGAAUUGUUACACCUGGAACCUUUGUUGAUGAAGCAUUUGAGAACUUUAAAGAAAAUUCAUAUUUGUUGACAAUAGAGUUUCCUGAUAAAUGUAUGGAAAGAGUAGUAGACAGUGAUAUAAAAAUUGGAAUUUCAUGGUGUGACAUUUCUACUGGUGAAUUAUAUGUUCAACAACUGCAUUUAUGUGAACUUGUUUCUACCAUAACCAGAAUUCAACCGAAGGAGAUUGUUCUGAAGGAUGAACUUAUUCCAUACAAGAUUGAAAGUGGUAAUUGGUAUCCUGAAUUAGUAGAAUUGAAGAAAUAUUUCAUUAAGUAUCAAAACCCUUCAUCACAUUAUAGGCCUGUGUCUUCAUUUAUAUCCUUGUUUGCUUCUCAAAAUAAAAAGUUGUCUGAUAAUACAAGGUCCCAAUUGAGAUAUAUUUUUGAAAAUUUUGAACAGAAGGAAUUGGCAGCAUUAAGAAAUUUACUAGUCUAUGUGAGUGAUCACUUCCCAAACUAUUCUAUAAAUUUUCAAUUACCUAAUAGACAGGCUGUGUCUUCUAUUAUGCAAAUUGAUUCUAGAACAAGUAGAGCUCUUGAACUACAUUCAACAGUAUUAAAUAACAAUAGAAAGGGAUCAUUAUUAUCUACCAUUAAUAGAACAAUAACACCAGUUGGAUCAAGACUACUAAAACAGUGGUUAUCAGGUCCAUCCACAGACAUUAAAGAAAUAAAGAAAAGGCAAAAUAUUGUUGAUUUAUUUUCUUCCAAUGAAGCAUUAUGUGAUUCUAUUGUCCAAUGUUUUAAAGAUAUUUCUGAUAUAUCGAGGAUUUUACAAAAAUUCAGUUUUGGUAAAGGCAACGGUAUUGAUCUUUUACGAAUUGUGAAAUCUUUAAAAACUUUGUCAAUUAUUUUGGAAAAGUUAGACCAAUAUAAAAAUUGUGUUACUACAAAAAGAAAUAAGGCAAUUCUAGAGGAAUUAGUUAAAAAUUUACGUUUUGAUAAUACUGUUGUUGAUGAUAUUUAUAAUUCACUCAGCGAAGAAGAAAUACUUAAAUCUGAAAAGAGGCAAGCGGAUGAUGAAUGCUAUAAAGGGUCUAUAGUUGAUAUAAAUGACCAAUCAAAUGAUGGAAAUAGAUAUAAGUACGAGAUGAGUAUUAUAAAUCCUGCCUUUCAUCCUAAAUUGAGAUUGUUAUUUAACAAUUAUUGGAAUUUAGAACAAAAAAAGUUAGAGUUAGAAAGGAAGAUGAAGAAUUUUUUUGGUUCUUCAUUUGAAAUAAAAAGAAUAUCUUUAAAACAAAGGCAAAGCAAGGAUUAUGUUGUCCAGAUUGUUGCAAAUAGUGAACAAAUUCAGAAACUACAAGAAAAAAUAUCGAAAAAUCAGGAUUUCAGAUUUAAUGACUCUACAUUUUCUGUAUUACAAAAGUCAAGUCAGACAUUAUGGCUUGCAAAUAAAAGAUGGACAGAAUUGGCGUAUGCCAUCGAAAAUGCUAUUAUUAAUAUCAAGACGGAGGAAAAUGCUAUUCUUUUAACUUUUAAAAAUAAAUUAGUGUCAAGGAGUAACGAAAUCAGAAACAUCAAUAACACCAUAGGGUAUCUUGACAUACUUAUAUCCUUUGCAAGGUUAGCUAGAGAGAAAAAUUUGGUAUGUCCUAAAGUAACCAACGAAGUAACUCUUAAUAUUGUUAAUGGUCGACAUAUAAUGGUGGAGGAUGGUUUAGCCUCGAAAUCGUUAUCUAACUUUGUUAGUAAUGAUUGUGAAAUUAAUUCGAGUGAAGUAUGGAUUAUCACAGGUCCUAAUAUGGGAGGUAAAUCAACCUUUUUAAGACAAAAUGCGAUUAUUGUCAUAUUAGCACAAAUUGGAUGUUUCGUUCCUUGUGAUAGAGCAGAAAUUGGUAUAGUAGAUAAGAUUUUUAGCCGUGUAGGGUCCGCUGAUGAUUUGUACAACGACAUGAGUACAUUUAUGGUAGAAAUGAUUGAAACUUCUUUUAUAUUGCGUGGAGCUACCAAGAGAUCAUUAGCCAUAUUAGAUGAGAUUGGUCGAGGGACUAGCGGCAAAGAAGGGGUUAGGAUUGCAUUUGCUACCAUUAAAUAUAUGAUGGAACACAACAAAUGUAGAACUCUCUUUGCCACACAUUUUGGUAAAGAAAUAAAAACGAUACUAGAAAAUUCAAAGGAUGAAUCAUACAAGUUGCUAGCAUUACAAAUAAAGUAUUACCAAACCAGUGUUUUAAAACUAGAAAAUAACAGGUUUAUGUACGAUUAUAAGUUGAAACCAGGUAUAUGUGAGAAAUCAGAUGCAUUCAACGUAGCGAAAAUGGCUGGAUUUCCUUAUGAAGUUUUGCAAGUGGUACAAAAUUUGGAAAUUGAAGGAUAA